AUGGCUCGGCGUAUGAACUUAUUGAACAUCGAGAAAAACAUACAGAACUUAUGGAAGGAACAUAAUGUAUAUGAAAAGGAAUUUGUGGAUAAUAAUGAGUCGAGGUUUACGGGUAAUUUCCCCUACCCCUACAUGAAUGGACUGCUACACAUAGGACAUGCCUUUACCCUGAGUAAAUUGGAAUUCCUCAUUCGCUACAAAAAUAUGACCUGCCAGAAUGUGUUGCUUCCAUUUGCCUUCCACUGCACAGGCACACCGAUCGUUGUGUGUGCAGACAAAUUAAAAAAUGAGUUAAAGGGUAAGGUGUUGGGGAAAUCUUCAGAGGAAAAUAAAAGCGAGAUUAGCGAUGAUACACAGGUGGGUGAAAACAGUGUUGCUGGCACAUCCCCAUUAGAAGAAGAAGGAGACAAAACGAAACAGACAGACGCAACAGUGUUCAGGUCGAACAAAAGUAAAUUACAAUCAAAAGGUUCUAAAAAAAGUACACAAUAUGAAAUUAUGAAGCAAAUGGAUAUAAGUGAUGAAGAAAUUCAUCAGUUUCAGAAACCACAAUAUUGGUGUUACUACUUUUCUUCUAAAGCCAAAGAGCAUUUGAGUUCGUUAGGUCUGUUUUGUGACUGGAGGCGAUCUUUCAUCACGACCAAUAUGAAUCCUUACUACGAUAAAUUUGUGAAUUGGCAUUUCAACACCCUUUAUAAGAAAAAUUUAAUUUAUUAUGGAAGCCGAAUUACUAUUUUUAGUCGAGUGAAUAAUCAGGCCUGUGCAGAUCAUGAAAGGUCCGAAGGGGAAGGAGUGAAAUGCCAAGAGUUUACCCUCAUCAAAAUAUAUGUACAUAAUUACAGCGACUUUUAUGAAAUUUAUUUAAAAAAUAUAAAUAAGAAUAUUUCUUCUGGUCAGGAAGAAACUGAUAAUUUAAAAAAUAAAAUUAUGAAUGAAAAAUUUUUUAGCCAAAAAAAAAUUGUCCUUCUUGCUAGUACAUUAAAACCAGAAACAGCCUAUGGGCAGAAUUAUACUUUUGUGAAUCCCAGUGAGUAUUAUUAUGUUACUCUAGGGUUCAACAAGCAGAGGCUUCAUUACGGGGACAAGAAUUACGUGAACAAUGUGAUGACAAGGGAGGAGAUUGUGGAGACGUGUGAAAAUGUGUACAUAUGUUCGGAGAAUAGCUUAUACAAUUUGGCCUACCAGGGGGUCAUACCCAUGCUGUGUAAAUCUUCUCGUGUGUCACCCAAGUCGACUGGCCAGAUGAGUGGUAAGGAUGCAGAUGCUGCAGAGGAUAUCUCACCACCCCCCUUCAGCGACCUCUUCAUCCUGACGAAAAUAAAGGGGGAAGACCUCGUAGGAUUACGAACGUAUACAAAUUUAUCACAGAGAAAAGACUUGUACAUUCUACCCAUGACCACGAUCAAAAUGAAUAUCGCUACCGCCAUCGUCCCAUGCGUGUCCAGCGACAGUACGGACGACUAUGCUUGUUUGCAGGACAUAAAAAAGAAGCAAGCAUACUAUUGUGAAAAGUAUAAUAAGCUUAAGGAGGAAUAUUUGCACAAUGAAAGUUGCUCGUGUAUUCAGUUACCAGACAUUGGGGCCAACACAGGGAAGUACUUUUACGAACUGGAAAAAAUAUCCUCUUAUAAAGAUGCCAAGCUACAAAAGGUUAAGGAGACUUUGUAUAAGAAGCAAUAUUUUGAAGGCACCAUGAGGGUUGAACCGUACCAGGGGAUGAAGAUUUACAAUUGUAGAAAGUUGGUUAAGCAGUACAUAGUGAAGAACAAUGAGGGUUUUUUAUAUAGCGAGCCGGAGGUGCUUGUUAUUGACAGGAACAAUGUGAAGUGUAUUGCUGCUUUGUGUAACCAGUGGUACAUCAACUAUGGUAACUUAGAAUUUAAGAAGGAUGUGCUGAUUCAGCUGAAGAAGAGCAACUUCCAAACCUACAACGAGGUUUUGCAGAAGCAACUGCAACAUGUGAUUUUUUGGCUGGACGACUGGUCCUGCAGCAGGGCCUACGGGCUCGGCACGCACAUGCCCGAUUUUAACGCACUACAAGGGGGGGCGGGUGACAAAGCGAGCACGCAGAAGGGUAGUGGUGAAGAAGCCGCACAACAAGGUGCCGGCGCUGAGGGGGAGAAGGAGCUCAUUGAAAGUUUGUCCGACUCGACCAUCUACAUGGCGUACUACACGAUCAGCCACUUCCUGCAGGGCAACGUGGACGGAAGUGCGCGCGGCCUCCUCAACAUUGACGCGGCCGACCUGAACGACGCCUUCUUCAACUACGUGUUUGACAUCAGUGACGACACGGAACAUAUUAGCAAAAAUAUAAGUGUUGAAAAAUUGCAGAAGAUGAGGAAGGAGUUCCAGUACUGGUACCCCUUCGACGUGAGAAUAUCGGGCAAGGAUUUAAUCUUCAACCAUUUAACCAUGUCUCUGUUUAACCACGUGGCUAUUUGGGGUGACAAAACGUAUGGCAGUGGUAGCGGCAUAAGCAGUAAGCAGAAGGAGGCCACUGACGAGAAGAGCAUCCUCGAGCGACAGGCAGAAAUACUACACGAAAUUGAUCAGCUCGAUCUGAAUGCACAAAAAACGGUCAAAUAUUUCCCCAAAUCAUUUUUCUGCAACGGACAUGUGUUAGUAAAUAAGGAAAAAAUGUCGAAGAGUAAAGGAAAUUUUAUUACGCUCAAGCAGAGCAUAAAUUUAUACACAAGUGAUGGGACUAGGAUCGCACUAGCAGAUGCGGGGGACUCAAUUGAAGACGCUAAUUUUAACACUGACACAGCAAACAGUGCCAUAAUGAAAUUGUAUAAUUUAAUAAAUUUUUCAAUUGAAACGAAAAACAAUGUUUAUAUCUUUCGCUGUGGAGAGAAAACAUUCAUAGAUUCUAUAUUUGAAAAUGAAAUUAAUUACCUGACUAAUAAAUGCAAAGAGGCUUAUGAAAAGCUUCUGUUCCGGGAUGUCCUCAAGUAUGGGUUCUACGACAUGCUGCUGAAAAGGGACACGUAUCGAAUUAUGUGUGACAAAAUUCAUAUGCACAAGGAGACAGUGAAUUUUUUUAUUGAACGAAUUUGUCUCAUCAUCAACCCGCUCAUUCCACAUGUCACGGAACAUAUAUGGACGUACAUUUUAAAAAAGGAAGAUUUUCUGGUUAACCAAAAGUGGCCAUCCUCAGACAAUACCAGCUACUCCAUCGUCAUGCACAAGCAGUACAAUAACCUCCUCAACGUGGUGGAAAUUUUUAGAAAGUCAUACGAUAAGGUCAUCAACAAGAAUAACAAGCAGAAGGGUGCCAAGGGUGCUCGAAAUGGUGUAGGUAACGCAGCAAAGCGAGCACCAGACGAGGGAGAAGCAGUGGCCGAACAGAAGGAAGAAGCGUAUAAAGAAGACGAUGAUGAGGGGACUAAAUUUAAAGCCAUUGUGUACGUUGCGAGGGAAUAUAAUGACACGCAAAAAAAAAUAAUAGACAUUCUUAACCGAAUUAUUAACAAUAGUGAAGAUAAAAAAUUACCCAGUAAUUAUAUUAACCUGUUGGUGCAAAAUGAUUAUGUAAAUAAAUUACCUAAAAAUGAAAAGAAGGAAAUUUUAAGCUUUGCGACUUUCCUAGUGAAGGAUAAUGUAACGCUCAACAAUAACCAGUACGAGCUAAGUCUCCCCUAUGACGAAAUACAACUCAUAAAAAACAACGUCGAAUUUAUUAGGAGAAGCCUAAACCUAGGAGACAUACACAUUAUGGAAAAUACAAAUAAAUCCCCCAUUGAUGAUACAGACAUUUAUAAAUUAGCCAAGCCGGGAAACCCUUCCAUUUUUAUGUACACCACCGAGUCAUGA